AUGAAGAUACAUCAUGCAUUGCCGGAGUACAUACACCGUCGCCUCGAGCUUGAGCUUAAAGUGGAUCUCCCUAAUGUCCCCGAGAAGCCAACUCAACAACAAGCUAUAGCCGCAAGAGCUCUUAAGGAAAAGGAUGAGGCUUUAGCCGAAGUUGAACGGUGGUGCUUUCGGGAGGGUAUGAACGAGUUCGGUCCGGUUGGUGGUUUCGAUGCCCCUCUUGAUGGAGUGAGAGAUUGGGAUCCAUCAGCUAUACGUCCUCCUGAUGGGGAGAUGACCAGCCUCGACACUAGCCUAGCACAGUCAGAUCAUCAGCCUGUACCUGCAGAACCCGAACCCACGGUGGCUGAGCUUGAACCGGAAGCGGAAGAGUCACAAGCAGGGUAUGAUCCGAUGGACGUGGAUUUAGGAGAAGAGCUCAAGGAGGAACCCGCAGAAGAGGAGCCCGAAGAAGAACCUGAGGGAGAACCCGAGGAGGAACUUGAGAUGGAGCCUGAAGAAGAACCCGAGGAAGAACCGGAGGAGGAACCUGAAGAAGAGGAGCUGAUUGAGGUCCCAUUGGAGUCGGGAGAUGAAGAUAAUCUGAUUGAGAUUGAGGCGGAUUCUAAGUCGUCAGAGGAGCAGGUGGAUCAAGGAGAGUCAGAUUCAGGUUCUGGGGAGACCGAUUUAGAGUAG